AUGAAUGUGUGCGUGAUAGCGCUGCUGGGGUCAACAUUUGUGCCGGCCACGGUCCGCACCCGCGGCGUCCUCAAGGCGUCCACCAACCGCGUGCGCACCAGCACCGCGCUGCAGGGAAACUCGAUGUGGGAGAACGUGAUCGGCAUCACGGAGCAGCAGGCGGGCACCAACACGGGUGUCGAGGCCCUCAUCAACGCACCCACCAUCGGCGGCGGGCGCAAGGCCACGCAGGCGCGGCGCCAGGCGGCGGCGGAGGCCGUCAUGGCCACCGGCGGCUUCGACACCUCCAUCACCAACUAUCAGUCGCUCCUGGCCAUCGCCAAGCAGCAGGGCGCGGUGGGGCAGGGCUCCCGCGGUGCCUGCAAGGUCUGCGGCCAGACGGGGCACCUGACAAAGCAGUGCCGCAACGCGGUGGCCGCGGGCGGCGGCGGCGGCGGCGAGGAGGAGGGCGGCGGCGCGCCCGUGGCGGCGCUGCCGGAGCCGGGCAGCGACGGCGGGGACAGCCUGGACUUCAGCGACAGCAGCGACGAGGAGCUGCGCAGGAAGAAGCGGAAGAAGGAAAAGCGGCGCAAGGAGGAGCGCAAGGAGAAGAAGCGGCGCAAGGAGAAGCGGCACAAGAAGGAGAAGAGGAGCAAGAAGGAGAAGAAGGAGAAGAAGCGGCGGCACAGCUCGUCGGGCAGCAGCAGCAGCAGCGAAUCCGACUGA